ACAUCGAACGAAGCAGUUGUAGUUGCUCCGGUGCCCGCAAACGUAUGUUUUGUUUACAUCUAUCUGUUUCAGUUGCGUUUUUCCACGUGUUGCUUUUCGCCUUGCCGACGGUACUUUUCUUUUCUGCUGACUUGAUCAGAACACAUGUACUAUCGCUAUAUCUUGUUUUCCGAAAUUUAAGAGGUGGAUCUUUUCUUGUGUUCGACAAAGCGGCGAUAUGUUAGUACGGAAGUUGUGCACGGGGGGACAGUUUCCCCCCACGUGUUCCUGAAAAUGGAUCGUCUGCUACUACGUUAUACAGUUUUAUUGCUACUCCUGGUCCAAACGAUGACUAUACCAAUGGCAAAUGGACACCGGAAGAGACCAACUUUCUGUAAUGACGCUCAACAGGGAUCUUCUUUCCUGUGGACUCUGCCGGGCAGAGAGCCAGCAGUCUAUUUUUUUGGUACCAUCCAUGUACCCUAUACAAGGGUGUGGGACCAUGUGCCGUGGUCAGCAAAGAAGGCCUUCGAAAAAGCGGACAGUGUCUUCUUCGAGCUUGACCUCACCGAUCCAGAGACUGUGGCGCAACUCGCGAGUUGUCAGAUGUUGCCAUCAGGAGAAACUCUGUCUGAUGUCCUUCCUGGCGAUAUGUAUCGAAGACUGAAGAGACAUCUUGAUUAUGUGAAAUUGAUGAUGCCCAGUUGGAUGAAAGAUGAACACAGAGGACUGUAUGCUGAAUAUCUCUUCAGAGCUAUAGCUGGUAAUUGGGAGAAGAAACGUCCGGUCUGGGUGAUGCUGAUGGUGAACUCUUUGACAGAGAGCGAUGUCCGAUCCAGAGGUAUUCCGGUGUUGGACUUGUACCUCGCCAGGGAAGCAGCUCGUCUUGGUAAGAGGGCUGGAGCCGUUGAAAGGGUGGAAGAACAGUGUUUGCCUUUAAAUGGCCUCGACGGGUCUCAGGUAUUGUUUGCUCUGAACCAAACCCUAGUACUUCAAGAGAGUCUUAGGCAUGGGAGAUCUUCCUCAAGCUAUGGUACAGAAGAUCUGGUCCGCCAUUACAACUGUGGGGAUUUGAGUUCAGUUGUCUUUGGACCUCAAGAUUCAAUAGACAUAUCAGACAAUAACGGAAGUUCGGCCGAUGAACUGCUGCUGUCUCAAAACAUGCACAGGUAUUUCCGACGUGAACUCAUUGAAAAAAGAAACGCCAGGAUGGCUGAUCGGGUAGUUCAACUUAUCCAGCAGUUCCCAGACGAAAGCUUCUUUUUUGCUUUUGGAGCAGGUCACUUUCUGGGGAAUAGAAGCGUACUGGAUUACCUCCAGGAAGGCGGAUACCAGGUGGACAAGGUAGCUCCCGACGCCAAAAUCAAAAGUUAUCGAAGACAUCAUCACCAUUCUCGACAGAGAGGACCUGAGGAACCUGCCUUCAACAACCUCAAUGCACAACGUCCUUGGGAUGACAGAUCGCGUCGACGAUACAGAAAACGAGGUCAACACCAUCAUGGUGUUCAGCUGCUAAGGACUGUCUCAACACCACCACCUCCUUUACGUGGUCGGCAACAACAGCAGAGGCACUUCAAUGACCUAUGGGUGAAGUUAGACAAUCGAGAAAGGUAUCCCUAUGAAGAGGGUGUAGAAUUAUCUAGUACUAAUCACAGGAAUUUCAAGAAAAAUUCAAAACUAUGGUACUCCACUCGCAGUUGUGGAUCACCCACAUUAUUGCAAAGUUCUGAUCAUUUAACAUGGGCAAUAGUUUUCUCUGUCAUAUGUUGUAUAAAGAUUAGAUACAAUGUGAUGCUUUUUUCCAUGUGACGGAAAUACAUUCGUCACAGCUGGAUUAUCUGAAUGAAUUACAUCUCGUAAUGAAAGUUCGCUUUUCUUUGACACCUAAAUACUAUACCUGUUUGUAAUAUUUGUAUAAAUUAUUUAUUAAAUUUUCUAACCAAAAUGCUGAUUAUGAGUCAGCAUGCUUUGUGAAAAGUGCAUUAUUUCGAAAGAGUCCAUGCUAAUCGAUAUUUCAAUAAUUGUCUCAGACAUCAAACGUUUAUCAUAAAUUCCCAGCAUAUUGUCAAAUCUGUCAUAAGCAGCUUUUUUAUGUGAUAACAGAGGCGUUUUCAUGAUCUAUUUCUCCCCCGUGCAAAAUCACACAGGUAUCAGGGAGAUAAUUUAUCUCCAGACAUUUUGAUUAAAUUUUAUUAAUAAUUUGAUAAUAAUGAUAAUUGAUUCUCUGAUUUCUUCUCCUUCCCCAAGUAUGCAAAUAACUGUAACUGUUAUAUAUAAUUAAAGAGCUAUCAAAGUUACGGCUACAGUAAAAACAUUUCAAAAUUUUAGAAUUGCAAUGCCCAUUUUUAUCUUGCAUAAACUGAUCACAGCAUUAAAAAACCAUAAAUGGCCUUGGAACGAUGCACAUAGGACGAAAAUUAUCGCCGUAAAAAAAUUACAGAGGAGCAUUGUAAAGGAGUAAUGGCAACGCAAGGGAGGAGAGGGAAAAAAUCUUUCAUUGGAAUUUCAAUGUUUACAACGUUCUAAGAUUGAGUCAUCUCUCGUAAGUCCGAUGAAUUUCUAGUUCUGGGAUUAACUGAAUUCUGAGGUGUACACAUCAAAUCCACGAGACUUAUCAUAUUGAAAGAUGCCAUAAAACGUGAAGUUAUACAGAUUCCUUCUGCCAUGUUACAUUCGUCACUGUUGUUAACAAUCUCCCGCAUGCGAUGCGUUAUCAUUUCCGAAUGCAGGCACGUUGAACACUUGAAAUUCCAAUAAAAGAUUUUUUUCCUUCUCCUCUUAUGUGUUGUAACCGUUCCUUUACGAUGCUCUUCCUUACAAAUGUUUUACGCCAGCAAUUUUCGUUCUACGUGUAUCGUUCCAGUACUGUUUAAGAUUUUUUAAUCCGAUGAUCAAUGUGCGCAGGAAAAACGUUAGUGUUGCCAUUCGAAAAUUUUCACUGUAACCGUAAUAAUGAAGGUUCUAUUGAUUUAAAUCACCACUAUCUCGAGUGCAUACCUUCAAAUAACAAUAUCUGAAAUUUCAUUUCGAUUAGUUGAGCGGAUAGGCCACUAGGACUUGUAAUUACGAAGUUUUUUAUGACCACCUUGCAUAUUUUAGUCUUUCUCAAUUCUUUUAAUGUACAUACAUAUUAUUUAUAGUUAAGUAAGUGUGAGUAAAAUAUUUGACAAAAUUUUUAACUCUUAGUCUCAGCCUAAAAAAAAAUAAUUGUUGGCGCAUUGUACAUGAAAAUGUUAACGACACUUAAG